CAUGCAGCGGAUAAUCAUUUAUUUCUAUAAAACACUCUAAAAUUGUGACUCUCUUCUCCAAAAAAUCCUACCACCAUCCAUGGAGAAUAUGCAACCCGAAAAACAACCCAAAAACAAACGAAAAAUCCUAAUCCUCUCCUCAUUCCUAUCUUUACUAGUUGUCGCCGCCAUAUCCAUCCCCCUAGCCCACCGCCACAGCAGAAGCGGAUCUGCAUCCAUCUCUGCUGUGGUGAGGUCCACUUGUGCCGCCACAUUGUACCCUGAUCUCUGCCUCUCCACAUUGGUUGCGGCGGCCCCGGCUACCGCAGUCAAGACCAGCAGGGACGUGCUGAUCACGGCCCUCAACUACACCAUCUCCAUAGUGGGGAACAACCUCCUCACUGUGAAGAACUUGGAGCGACAGCGCCUAUUGCUGUCGCCCCGCGAGCAGGGCGCCCUCAGCGACUGCGUCGAGAUGAUCGGCGACACGCUGGACGAGGUCCGUGCUACCAGCGCGGAGCUCGGCGAGUUCAGGUUCAAGAACUACUCCCUCGCCGCCCACAAGGAGAACCUCCUAACGCUCCUGAGCGCCGCCCAGACCAACCAGGAUUCGUGCCUGGACGGCUUCUCACACGGAGGAGCCGACAAGAAGGUCCAGGCGGCGCUCAUCGCCGGCCAGAAGCACGUGUUCCGCCUCGUCAGCAACGCGAUGGCGAUAAUCAAUAGCCUGUCGACUGCUGAGGAGGCGGCGGCGGCGGCGCUCAAGGCUCGGCCGGAGGAGAGGAGGCUGGAGGAGGAGUGGCCGGAGUGGCUGUCGGCCGGCGAUAGGCGGCUGCUGCAGUCGUCGACGGUGAGGGCGGAUGUGACGGUGGCGGCGGACGGGAGCGGGAACCACCGGACGGUUGCGGCGGCGGUGGCGGCGGCGCCGGAGGGGAGGAGCGCAAGCCGGAGGUAUGUGAUUAGGAUAAAGGCGGGGGUUUAUAGGGAAAAUGUGGAGAUACCGAAGAAGAAGACGAACUUGAUGUUCGUCGGAGAUGGGCGGAUGAACACCAUUAUCACCGCAAGCAAGAACGUCGUCGACGGCAGCACUACCUUCAAUUCCGCCACUGUAGCGGUGGUCGGCGGCGGCUUUCUCGCCCGCGACAUCACAUUCCAGAACUCGGCGGGGCCAUCAAAGCACCAGGCCGUGGCCCUGCGCGUGAACGCGGACCACUCGGCCUUCUACCGCUGCAGCAUGCUGGCCUACCAGGACACCCUCUACGUCCACUCCCUCCGCCAGUUCUACACCCACUGCACCAUCGCCGGCACCGUCGACUUCAUCUUCGGCAACGCCGCCGCCGUCCUCCAGAGCUGCGACAUCCAGCCGCGCCGCCCCAACCCGCGGCAGAAGAACAUGGUGACCGCGCAGGGCCGCGACGACCCCAACCAGAACACCGGCAUCGUCAUCCAGAGGUGCCGCAUCGCCGCCACCGCGGACCUCAGGCCGGUCCUCGCGAGCUUCCCGAGCUACCUCGGGCGUCCGUGGAAGCGGUACUCGAGGACCGUGGUGAUGCAGACUGAUAUCAGCGAUGUGAUCCAUCCCGCUGGGUGGUUUGAGUGGGAUGGGAACUUUGCGCUUGCGACGCUUUUCUAUGCAGAGUAUAAGAAUACAGGGGCUGGGGCGAAGACGGGGGGCAGGGUGAGGUGGGGAGGGUUUCGGGUGCUGACGAGCGCGGCGCAGGCCGAGCCGUUUACGGCUGGGAGGUUCAUCGGCGGUGGGAGUUGGUUGAAGGGGACUGGUUUUCCCUUCUCUCUUGGGCUUUAAUUUGAUUAAACUCAUAGUAUUUGUGUAUUUUUCAUCUACAAUCCAUUUGUAUUUUGUUGUAUCUUUGUUUUGUGGUGGUUGUGCUAAAAUCAUGAAUGGAUGUGUGGGACUUGUUACGUCGCAAUAUAA